AUGGCCGCCCGCGCAGCACGAAGCCCGGCGCUCGCCCGGAGCGUCUUCGCCGCUCAUCGCCCACGGAUAUCUCUUUGCUCUAGAUGCCUACGCUCCCCCUCCGCCAUACAGUCUACCUCCGCAGCGUCCGUCUUCUAUCACCCCUCGCGGCGGCGAGAGGGCUCCAGCUGGGCCGCCGCCGCCGCCGCCGCUCAACAGAUUUUUAACAACUCGGCGCCCGACCCGUCAGCACCCAUCUCCAUAGACCCAUUGCGGUCCGUUGCCAAAGAGAUGAAGUUUCUCACGAAGAAUAUACGCCAAUUGCUCGGCUCGGGACAUCCUACCCUUGAUACCGUGGCCAAAUACUACACCCAGUCUGAGGGCAAAUAUGUCCGGCCCAUGCUCGUGCUGCUUAUGUCGCGCGCAACCGCAUUAAUCCCCAACAACGACCGGCCCUCUGUGCGCAACGUGGACCGCUCCAUUACCCCGCCUAACAUUCUCGUCGACGAGAACCCCGAUCACCCCGAGAACACACCCAUCACCUCGCAAAACUCCAUCGACAACACCUACCGUCCGGACGACUCGGACAUCCUUCCCUCGCAGCGGCGGCUGGCGGAGAUUACAGAGCUCAUCCACACGGCCUCGCUGCUGCAUGACGACGUCAUCGACCACUCGGAGGCCCGGCGGGGCGCGGCGUCGGCCAACAUCGAGUUCGGCAACAAGAUGACGGUGCUGGCGGGCGACUUCCUGCUGGGGCGGGCAUCGGUGGCGCUGGCGCGGCUGCGCGAUCCCGAGGUGACGGAACUGCUGGCGACGGUCAUCGCAAACCUGAUCGAGGGAGAGUUCAUGCAACUGAAGAACACGGCGCGCGACGAGGCGCACCCGGUCUUCACCGAGGACACGGUCACGUACUACCUGCAGAAGACGUACCUGAAGAGCGCUAGCUUGAUCAGCAAGAGCUGUCGUGCCGCCGCCAUCCUGGGCGGUAGCGCGCCCGACGUCGUUGAGGCUGCGUACCAGUACGGCAAGAACUUGGGCAUGGCUUUCCAGCUCGUGGACGACAUGCUGGACUACACCAUCACCGCCGAGGAGCUGGGCAAGCCGGCCGGUGCAGACUUGGAGCUGGGUUUGGCGACUGCACCGUUGCUGUUUGCGUGGAAGGGCAAUGCGGAGCUGGGCGCUUUGGUGGGUAGGAAGUUCUCGCGGCCCGGAGAUGUUCAGAAGGCAAGAGAACUCGUGGCGCGUAGCAGCGGCCUGGAGCAGACCCGCGCGUUGGCCCAGCAGUACGUUGAUAACGCCAUCCAAGCCAUCAGCGGCUUCCCUACCAGCGAGGCCAAGGACGGUCUCAUUGAGAUGUGCACCAAGGUCAUGAAGCGGAGGAAGUAA